AUGUCCAAGGAUCUCCCACAUGUCCGCAACCAUGUUGCGGAUACACUCGCCAUCAGCUCAUCUACUACUGCAUACGGCCCAUCUCACAUCCACUCUCGCCUCAAUGUCGAACAGCAGCUCAUCGACACUGAGACAGCCAAAGGCUCACCUGACGUGGCUCUUGCAGCAACUAAAGUUGGUUCCUCCACCCAACCUUCAUGCGGCAACUGUGGCAGGACUGGCCACGUUAUCAAGGAUUGUUUUGGCAAGGGUGGUGCCAUGGAAGGUAAAUGUGACCAGGUACUUGAGCGCAAGCAUGCUGGCAGAAGCACCUCAAAGCCUGCUGCCACAGGAAAGCCUGGAGGUCUACACUAUGAUACCGGGGGGAGAGCUUAUCUCCUUGACAGCGAGACGCAUGAAGCAAUUUACGUAGCGAGUGCCCAGAAGCCCCCAACUGAGACAAACAUGGCGACCCAAGAAUUUGCAGGGCUGGCUAGUGACACCCUCACACCAGCAUUCAUCCGUGAGAUCUCUGCAUCAGAUGAGGAUAAGUAUACUACCCUCCUGGCUGCUGUAGACCCUCUGCAAACUAGUCUUGACUGGUGCCACUGCUCACGCUCCGUUGAUUUUGCCGGCAUCACUUACAAACCCCCAAACCAACAUACCCGCACUAUAGUCGACCCCUCCAUCAUACCAUUCUUCCUCAAUAGUGGCGCCUCUGUUCAUAUUAGUAACUCCAAGGCAGACUUCUACAGCCUGCGCCCUGUCCCACCUCGCACUGUCAAUGGCGUGGGAGGAUCAUCCAUCCAGGCUGUGGGUGUUGGUACCAUACACCUCAUCAUC